UGUGGGAGGAAGGUGAGAAAGCACUGAGAAGGUAUAAAUUUUUUUUGAAUGGAAAAGUUAUAUAUUUAAUGUGUCACAAAUGACAAUCUCUUUCAUUUUUAAAAUAUACUAGAUGUGAAAUGCUGCAUGGUUCUAAUCCUGGUUCCUUGUCUUAAUAAAUGGAAGCACUGGUGUGAACCAAAGGUAUCAGACAACCCAGAUCUCAAUAUGACUCUGAGUUCCACCUUAAAAUUCCAAGACACUGAACUCCAUGUUAGAAUGGACCUUAAUUUGAAGAAUUCUUUGGCACGAAAAUGAAAACAAAAACAGUAAUCAGUACAAGCUGUUUCAUUUAGUUCUGUUUGCCUUUCAUAUUAGAGGAAAUUCUUGCCACACCUCAAACCAAAAUUAAGGGGGAGAGAAAGAAGUAAGCCACAUAAAUCUGACCAAGAACACAAGCAUUUUAAUUUGAGUCCAGAAAGCUUUGGAUAAUGAAAAGAAAUGCAUAAUUUUAAUUCAACCCAAGUGUUUUCCAAGCAGAUUAUUUUGCUUAAAUUGCUAUAGUAAUUCAAGAGACAGCCCUGCCUGGACACACAGUUACUGUGGAUUUUUAAGAGACUCAGUUUAAGACUUAAGGAAUUUCUGAUUCAUUUACAGGAUUUGCAAACUCAUCAACCCCUGAAAACUAAAGCAAACUCAACAGGCCAAAAAAGGAACAUGGGCUUCUCAAGUCCAGUGUGUGUCCUUCUCUUCUUUCUUGGAGUCAAAGUAUAUUGUCAGUAUGAAAGUUAUCAGUGGGAUGAAGAUUAUGACCAAGAACCAGAUGAUGUCUACCAACCGGAAUUCCAAUUUCGUCAAAAUGUAGACUACAGAGUUCCAUUUCCUCAGCAUACUUUAGGCUGUCCCAGUGAAUGCUUCUGUCCACCUAACUUUCCAUCAUCAAUGUACUGUGAUAAUCGCAAACUCAAGACUAUCCCAAAUAUUCCACCAUACAUUCAACAAGUCUAUCUUCAGUUCAAUGAAAUAGAGGCUGUGACUGCAGAUUCAUUCAUCAAUGCCACUCAUCUUAAAGAAAUCAACCUCAGCCACAACAAAAUUAAAUCUCAAAAGAUGGAUCAUGGUGUGUUUGCCAAACUGUCAAAUCUACUACAACUUCAUCUACACCAUAACAAUUUAGAAGAAUUUCCAUUUCCUCUUCCCAAGUCUUUGGAAAGGAUUCUUCUUGGUUACAACGAGAUCUCCAGACUGCAGACAAAUGCCAUGGAUGGGCUAGUAAACCUGACCAUGCUUGAUCUCUGUUAUAAUCAAAUUGAUGAUUCUAUGUUACAAGAGAAAAUCCUUGGCAAAAUGGAAAAACUAAUGCAGCUCAACCUAUGUAAUAACAGAUUAGAAUCAAUGCCUCCUGGUUUGCCUUCUUCACUAAUGUAUCUGUCUCUAGAAAAUAAUUCAAUAUCUUCUAUACCAGAAAAUUACUUCAAUGAACUUCCAAAACUUCAUGCUCUAAGAAUGUCACACAACAAACUACAAGACAUCCCGUGUAAUAUUUUUAAUCUUUCCAACCUUGUAGAGCUCAAUGUUGGACACAACAAACUGAAGCAAGCAUUCUAUAUUCCAAGAAAUUUAGAACACUUAUACCUAGAAAAUAAUGAAAUCGAAAAUAUAAAUGUCACAGUGAUGUGUCCAUCUGUUAACCCCCUGCAUUACCACCAUUUAACAUACAUUCGCCUGGACCAAAAUAAGCUAAAAGAGCCAAUAAGCUCAUACAUUUUACUCUGCUUUCCUCAUAUACACACUAUUUAUUAUGGUGAACAAAGAAGCACUAAUGGUCAAACAAUACAACUGAAGACCCAAGUUUUCAGGAGAUUUCAGGAUGAUGCUGAUAGUGAAGAUCAUGAUGAUCAUCAAGAAGGCCCAGAGGAAGAAGGAUCAGAAGAACACGUGGACCCUCACUAUUAUGGAGGUCAAGAAUGGCAAGAAACCAUAUAGGUAUACAUUAUGACUUCAUAAAAACUUAUUAUUCAAUAUAAAUUUAACUAAAUAUGCAUAGCUAAUAGUAAUAUAUCUCAGUUGUGUACUGGUAUAAGAUCAGAUUGAAUUUAGUUGUUGAUAACAUAUGCAUCAUUACAUAGCAUUAGAUUACACUAGUCUUUAGAAAUGUAGUUAGAAUGACAAGUGAGACUCAAAUAUUACACUUUAGACAUAAAAUUAUCACCAUGUUGACAAAAAAGGCAAGUAUGCCUGGGAUGUAGCGCAGCGGAAACAAAUCUGACUAGGAACCAUGAGGUUGUGGGUUUAAUUCCCAGCCUUGUCCAGUGGGUUAAGGAUCUGGCGUUGCUGUGAGCUGUGGUGUAGGUCACAGACGCAGCCUGGAUCCUGCAUUGCUGUGGCUGUGGUGUAGGCCAGAGGCUCUAGCUCCAAUUAGACCCCCAGCCUGGGAACCUCCAUAUGUUGCAGGUGUGGCCCUAAAAAGCGUAAACAAAAACAAAAACAAAAAAACAAACAAAGCACGUAUGCUCAAGUGCCUGUUCUGGCUCAUGGCUCAUAGGGUUAAGAACUGGACAUAGUGUCCAUGAGAAUAAAGGUUUAACCUCUGGCAUCAUUCAGUGGGUUAAGGACCAGUGUUGCCGCAAGCUGUGGUAUAGGUCACAGAUGCAGCUUAGAUCGGUGUUGCUGCAGCUGUGGUGUAGGCCAGCAGCUGCAGCCCUAAUUCGACCCCUAGCCUGGGAACUUCCGUAUGCCAUGGGUGCAGUCAUAAAAAGGGGAAAAAAAAGCAAGUGUGCCAUUUUUCUCAAUAGUAAUUUUUCUAAGCAUGAUGAAAGUAGUGUUAGAAGCUAAGAACUGUAAGCCAUGUGCUUUGAAUCACUACAAGUAUAGUGUUUAAACACCAAAUUAUAUUAAUGACUAGGCAUUUAAGAAACAGACUAUUUUCUUUGACCUGAUCUCCAGAAAAGCUUUCACACCUGCUUUUGAGGUAUCAUCACCAUGACAUCUACCUCUGGCCCUACCAUUUAGAGCAGAGAAUGAUUUUUUUGAUUUUCAAAAGAAGUUAUCACACUAAAGAUUCAAGGCAUACAAAUUCAAGAAAUCAAGAAGUUUUGUUUUCUCUCAGAGCACCAAAACAACAAAAUUUUAAUCUCGUACUUGGAUAACUAAAACACACCAAAUUAUCUUAUCACAAUUCAUAUUUCAUCAAAUUUCAGCAAUUGUACAAAACAAUCUUUAUUAUGUUCCAUUUUAACUGGGAUAAAUGUUUUUUUACAGUAAAUUCACUAGAGAAAGGUCUUGGUUACAUUAAGAUUUGCUAAUAACGAACUCCUUUGUUCACAAGGUUAAGUUAAUUUAGCAUAAGAAAGUACAUUAACAUUAUUAAACACUUCUAUUUUCCUAGCAUAAUAUAUUAAAAACAUGUAUUUUUACAUAUGUGUAUAUGUUUAUGUGUGUUUAUAUCUUUAUCAGCCAAUGUUUAUUCAAGCAGUACUGAAAUUGAAUACAGUUCCUCUGAAAUUUGAAUGACAGGCUUUACAUCUUCUUUAAAGUCUUAAAAAAAUCACAUAUUAUUUAAUCUAUUGUUUUGAAGCAUUUUAAGUAUGCCUUAGAAUGAAGAUGAUGUAAUUGCUAUGAUCAACUUUCUUAAUUUACCAGGCUAACAUUUCAUAGACUUCCUCAGAUAAGGAAUAAACACAAAUCUGGAACUGUCUAAACAGGAAACCCACUAAACAAUAACAACUUAAACAGUAUGUCAAAAAGCCAGACAGGUAAGACCAUAUUUCAGAAGGAGUUUUCUAGUGGUGAGUCUAUUUUUCUGGAGAUGACAGUUUAAAAUGAAGCCUCUAGUGCUCUUCAUAUUUUUGAGUAGGCUAUUAGCAUUUAGCAAAUACAGACCACCCACCUGUCCUCAGGGAUAAGCUCAACAAUCCAGAAUGAACACAAACAACACUCCAUUCAUUUAUUUAACAUUCAUCAAGUCAUUUGGUGUGUAGGGCCUAGCUAUGUGAAGUCAAAGAGACUGUAUAUGGGCACCUGUGACAUUAUAAGAUAACAGGUGUGAGGGUAAAGGUAAGAGCAAAAUGCUAGUGACCUGGGUAAAACACACCUUCAAAAGAGGAGAAAAACUUUAAGAAUCACCUCUGCCUUUCUGGACAUUUUUAAAAAUAGGGUUACAAUUUAAACAUUUAUUAUAAGCUAAUAAUGUGGAAAAUACUGUGGGUGUUUUAGGAGAUUAAAAAAAGAAGACUUGGCGUUCCCGUCGUGGCGCAGUGGAAACGAAUCUGACUAGGAAUCAUGAGGUUGCGGGUUUGAUCCCUGGCCUCAGUCAGGGGGUUAUGGAUCUGGCAUUGCCAUGAGCAGACGUGUAGGUUGCUGACACAUGGCUCAGAUCCCAAAUUGCUGCAGCUUGGCAUAGGCCGGAGGCUAAAGCUCCGAUUCUACACCUAGCCUGGGAAACUCCACAUGCUGCAAGUGAGGCCCUAAAAGAGACAAGAAACAAGAGACAAAAAAAAAAAACUAUUUCUCACCCAGAACAAUUUAAAACUUACUGAGGAGCUAUUAGGGAAAUGCAAAUCAAAAUCACAAUGAGAGGAGUUCCCAUUGUGGCUCAGCGGUAAUGAACAUAACUAGUAUCCAUGAGGACUCGGGUUUGAUACCUGGCCCCACUCAGUGGGUUUAGGAUCUGGCAUUGCCGUAAGCGGUGGUGUAGGUUGCAGACAUGGAUAUACACUGGUGUGGCUGUGGUGUAGGCCAGCAGCUGCAGCUCCAAUUUGACCCCUAGCCGGGGAACUUCCAUAUGCCGUGGGAUGUGGCCCUAAAAAAAAAGAAAGAAAAACAAACAAACAAAAACACAAUGAGAUGCCCCUUUAUGUUAACAGAUGGCUACAAUAAAAAGACAGACAAAUAAUGAGUAUUAGUGAGGAGGUGCAGAAAGUGGAAUCCACUGGUUAGGAAGUCAAAUGUUGCAGUGGCUUUGGAAAGCAGUCUGGAAGUUCUUCAAAAAGUUAGUUACCUGUGAUCCAGCAAUUCCACUUCUAAAUAUAUACCCAAGAGAAGUGAACACAUAUAUUCACACAAAAACAUAUACAAAAAUAUUCAUAACAGCAUUAUCCAUUCAUAAUUAAAAAGUAGGAGUUCCCAUAAUGGCUUGGCGGUAAUGAACCCAGCUAGUAUCCAUGGGGACGUGGGUUUGAUCCCUGGCCUCACUCAGUGGGUUGGGGAUAUGGUGUUGCCAUGAGCUAUAACAUAGGUCACAGAUGUGGCUCAGGUCCUGAGUUGCCGUGACUAUGUUGUAGGCUGGUGGCUGCAGCUCUGAUUCUACCCUUAGCCUGGGAACUUCCAUGUGCUGCACGUGAAGCCCUAAAAAGACAAUGAAAAUAAAAAUAAAAAGUAGAGGGAGUUCCCUAGAGGUUUAGUGGUUAGGAUGUGAUGUAUCACCAUUGAGGCCUGAGUUCAAUCCAUGGUCUGAGAACUGAGAUCCCACAUUAAGCUGUUGCACGGCAUGGUCAAAAACAAACAAAACAAAAAAAUAGAAACCACUCAAUGUCCUCCAGCUGACGAAAAGUUAAACAAAAUGUGGUAUAGCCACACAAUGGGAUAUUACUCAGUCAAAAGAAGGAAUGAAGUACUAAUACAUGCUCCAACAUGGAUGAACACAAAAACGUGCUAGUGAUAUCAGUCACGGAAGACCACCUACUGCAUGAUUCCACUUAUAUGAAACGUCUAGAACACACAAAUCUUUAGAGACACAAAGGUUAUGGGCUGCCUGGAACAGGGAGUGAGGGGUAGGGGGAAAGGAGUAGCAGGAAAAUGGGGAGUGACUGAUACUGGGUAGAGGUGGUUUCUGGAGAGUGAGUGAUGAAAAUAUUCUGCAACUGAUUGUAGUGAUGAUUGUACAAGUCUGAAAAUACUAAACACUAUUAAACUGUAUACUUUAAAAGAGUGAAUUGUAUGAGAUGUGAAUUAUCUCAAUAAAGCUGUUAUUAAAAAG